AAAUACAUAAAUCGCGGUUGUAAAUUAUCAAUUAUCAAAUUUGUCUAGGUAUCUAAUAUUUAUUAGGGAUGGCGGCGGCGUUUGAAGAGAUGGGCGUUUUGCCCGAAAUAGGUAAAGCCAUCGAAGAAAUGGACUGGCUGUUGCCCACAGACAUUCAAGCGGAAGCGAUACCUUUAAUACUUGGAGGUGGUGACGUGUUAAUAGCAGCAGAGACUGGUAGUGGUAAAACGGGAGCGUUUUGUUUGCCGGUUAUUCAAAUAGUGUGGGAAACGCUCAAACAAGCUGAUAAACCACGAACUAAUUUACCGGUUUAUGUGUCGGGUAUCACAGAUCCAUGGGCCAUGAGUGUGUGGGACCGUUCAUCUGCCAUAGCUGUGACACCAGAUGGUAAAAAAUGUCAAUCAAGAGAGCAAAAGGAUUGGCAUGGUUGUAGAGCUACUAAGGGCGUUAAAAACUCUGGAAAAUAUUAUUUUGAAACAACCGUCACUGAUGAAGGUCUGUGUCGAGUUGGCUGGUCUACACCAGGAGCCGUGUUAGAUCUAGGUACGGAUAAAUUUGGUUUUGGUUUUGGCGGAACAGGCAAAAAGUCAAAUAACAAACAGUUUGAUUCUUAUGGUGAAAGUUUUGGUUUACAUGAUACAAUCGGCUGUUGGUUAGAUCUGGAUAAUUGGAUUAUUGGAUUCAGUAAAAAUGGUAAAUAUCUUGGUGAUGCAUUUAAAAUUCCUGCAAAUUUGAAAACUUCAACAUUUUAUCCAGCUGUUGUAUUAAAAAAUGCUGAAAUAGCAUUCAAUUUUGGUGAAUCAUCAUUUAAAUAUGAUAUUCCUAAAGACUUCUUCGCUAUAAGUAAGGCACCUAGCAAUUGCAUUGAACUCUCUCAGUGUAAUGCUCCAAAAAUGAAUUCAAAUACAAAAAAACCAAAUAAUGCACCAUAUGCAAUAAUUAUUGAACCUUCUAGAGAAUUAGCAGAACAAACUUUUAAUCAAAUAAAAAACUUUAAGAAAUACCUUGUAGAACCGCAAGUUAAAGAUCUCUUAGUAGUUGGUGGUUUUAGCAUUAAAGAUCAAAUUGCUACCUUAUCUUCAGGUGUUGAUAUUAUUGUUGCUACCCCGGGUCGUCUGGAAGAUCUUAUAUCUGGUGGCCAUUUAUCUUUAUCUCAUUGUAAAUUUUAUAUAUUAGAUGAAGCUGAUGGAUUAUUAAAACAGCGUUAUACAAAACUUAUAGAAAAUCUACACGAGAAGAUGCCAAAAGUUUCUUAUGAUGGUAAAAGACUUCAAAUGAUUGUUUGUUCUGCAACACUUCACGAUUUUGAAGUAAAAAAAUUGGCGACACGUCUUAUGCACUUUCCAACUUGGGUAGAUCUUAAAGGUGAAGACGCUGUUCCUGAGACUGUACAUCAUGUUGUAGUUACUGUUGAUUCCCAGAAAGAUUCAUCGUGGACUUGUUUAAAAAAUCCCAUUCCAACUGAUGGUGUACAUGAUAGAGAUAAUAUAAGAGCACUGAAUACAUCUGAAGCAUUAUCUCAAGGAAUUAAGCUUUUAAAAGGUGAAUACUGUAUCAAAGCUAUUAACAAACACAAAAUGGACAAAGCUCUCAUAUUUUGCCGCACUAAACUUGAUUGUGAUAAUUUAGAAAAAUACUUUAAACAACUUGGUUCUUUUUAUUCUUGUUGUACUCUUCAUGGAUCACGAAAUGUUAAUGAUCGUAGAGUGAAUUUAGAAAAGUUUAAGAAUGGUGAGAUCAAGUUUUUGAUUUGUACUGAUGUAGCAGCUCGUGGCAUUGAUGUUAAUGGGUUACCUUUCAUGAUUAACAUGACUUUACCUGAUGACAAGACUAAUUAUGUUCAUAGAAUUGGUCGUGUGGGUAGAGCAGAGCGUAUGGGAUUGGCCAUUUCAUUUGUGGCUACUAUCCCAGAAAAAGUUUGGUAUCACGGCGAAUGGUGUCCAUCCAGAGGACAGAGGUGUUCAAAUACUAAUCUAACUACUAACAAAGGCUGUUGCAUAUGGUACAAUGAACCCCAGUAUUUGGCUGAAAUUGAAGAUCAUUUGAAUAUAACUAUACCACAAGUUGGUCCAGAACUGGAUAUUCCUAUGAAUGAAUUUGAUGGAAAAGUUGUAUAUGGCCAAAAAAAAACAAAUAAUGGACCCUCAUAUAAAAAUCAUUAUGAUCAAUUGUUGUCUACUAUCAAUGAGCUCACUCAAUUAGAAACUAAGGCUCAAUAUUUAUAUUUGCACAUGCUUAAUAAUUAAGUGUAACAUUUUGUACAAAGUACUUGUAUUAAAAAAAAAAAAUAAUAACAUUUAUUUUCACGUUAAACAUUUCAGAAUAUAAUUUUCUUUUCUAAAUUCCUGACUGGG